GGGAGACAUUAGCCCUGUGAUCUCAUGAAUAUAUUAUAGCGGCUCAUUGUGCAAUGAGGGAGGUGUACGGAGGUGCCAGGUUAUGGCCUGUCCAAGCACACACCGCGACCAGCUCAUUUUUUACCAACCCGCCUCGUUUAUCAGUUAACCUUCUCGCCAGUCAUGUUGUGUUUCUACACACUUUAUUAAAUGUGAAGUGUCGCGGAGUGCGCUGGCUCCUCUGUGUGUCCGGGAUGUGGAGACAAGAAGGAAACGAGCUAAAAGAUCAUUUUUAAAAAAAAUCCCAGCCGCGCUCGAUAACACGGCCAUCGGGCAGCCUCGUCUUCUCGCUAGCACGACUGCGACACUAGCAGCUAAUGUCGCUUAGCUAACUUAACCGUCUACAACCGAGCAGCUUCGUCGUCUGGCAGCAGGGAAAGGGGCCGCCACUUGAGGACAGUAGGGGCUCUGAUGAUCCCCCCAUUCAUCCGAUGAACCCCCUCAACUCCAUGAAACCCUCCCUGCCUCCCACUCCACAAAGCAGUGACAGCCCCUUCCUAAAUGACCCAGUCUCCUGGCAACCAGGCACCAAUCAGCACGCAGGAUCUCUCUCUGUAGUAACCACAGUGUGGGGCGUGACCAAUCCCACACACAGCCAGGUGUUCGGUGCACCCAUGGGUCCGGGCGAGAGCUCUGGCAGUCACAUGAUGCCCGGUGGCAGCCCUGGUAUGGGCGCUGGCAUGGGCUCCCAGUUCAUGGGCCAACAGUCGUAUGGCGACGCCGUGUCUAAAGGCUACGGACAUCCAGUCAUGUACGGACGCCCCAGCGCUGCCUACAACCCAUCGUCAGCCUACGGUGGAAGUUACUCUGGUAACAGUGGAGGUGCCGGCCUGGGCGUUCGUCCUCCCUCAGAUUUUACUCAGGCUGCCGCCGCCGCUGUUGCCGCCGCCGCUGCCACGGCGACUGCCACUGCUACAGCAACUGUUGCAGCAAUACAGGAAAAGCAGAACCAGGAGCUGAGCUAUGGACAGAUGGGUGGAGCAUCCUCUUACAGCACCCAGUUCCUGUCUCAUUCGGGCCCCCGCGGCCCUCCGGGGAUGAACCCUGGUGGGAUGGUCCCUUCCAGGCCCGGGCCUCCGCCCUCCACUGGGGGCUUGUAUCCCUCUCACCCUGCACAGGCGCAGAAGAUGGCCCAGCACGGGGGCUAUCCUGGGGGACAGCAGGGGCUCAAACGGCCUUUCCAUUCAGAUGGUUUUCCAGUGCAGCAGUACGGCUCCGGGGGCAUGUCAGGGUACCCCAACCAGCCUCUGCAGUACCCCACGGGGCCGCAGCAGAGAUGUGCCCCCUCGCCCUCUUACCCCUCCAGCCGGAUGCCUCUCAUGGGGCAGUACACUUCUGGGUCACACAACCCAGCGCAGUUCCCCCCUGGAGCAGGCCAGCCCACUCCUCCACAGUAUUAUAAAGCAGAGCCUUUCAAUGGUCAGGGCGGCCUGCCAUCAGGAGGAGCAGGAGGAUACAAUGCCUUCACGCAGGCUGCAGUAAACGGGCCAGUUCGGGGUGGAGUGAUGCCCGGGUAUCCCAGCUCACCCAUGGGAGGGAAUCCCACCCCUCCAAUGACACCUGGCACCUCCAUACCUCCCUACCUGUCCCCAGGCCAGGACACGAAGCCCCCCUACCUUCCUCCAGACACCAAACCCAACAUCAGCACCCAGCAGCCCUCUACAGGUAACCCCAGUGAUGACCUGCGUCUGACUUUCCCGGUACGAGACGGCGUCGUGUUAGAGCCGUUCAGGCUGGAGCACAACCUGGCCGUCAGUAACCACGCCUUCCAGCUCCGAGACUCCGUCUACAAAACACUGAUGCUGAGGCCUGAUCUGGAGCUGCAGUUUAAGUGUUACCACCACGAGGACAGACAGAUGAACACUAACUGGCCUGCCUCAGUGCAGGUAAGCAUCAUCACCUGUGCUUCUCCCUGUCUCAGUCUUUGUGGUGAUGCUGUUUCUUACAGGGUAUUUACAGCUGUGUUUGUUCUUCUGUGUCAGGUGAGUGUAAAUGCAACUCCUUUGUCCAUCGAAAGAGGGGACAACAAAACGUCCCACAAGCCCCUGUACCUAAAGCAAGUGUGUCAGCCAGGACGUAACACAGUACAGAUCACAGUGACCGCCUGCUGCUGUUCCCACCUGUUUGUGUUGCAGCUGGUCCACCGGCCGUCUGUCAGGUCUGUCCUGCAGGGUUUGAUGAAAAAGAGACUGCUGCCGGCCGAGCACUGCAUCACCAAGAUAAAGAGAAAUUUCAGCAGUGGCACGAUCCCUGGGACCCCCGGGCUGAAUGGUGAGGACGGUGUGGAGCAGACAGCGAUCAAAGUUUCUCUCAAAUGCCCCAUCACGUUCAGACGAAUCCAGCUGCCAGCCAGAGGCCAUGACUGCAGACACAUACAGUGUUUUGACCUGGAGUCCUAUUUGCAACUUAAUUGUGAAAGAGGGACCUGGAGAUGUCCCGUGUGCAAUAAAACAGCUCUGCUGGAGGGGCUGGAGGUGGACCAGUACAUGCUCGGGAUUCUUGUCUACAUCCAGAACUCUGACUAUGAGGAGAUCACCAUAGACCCGGUGUGUGGUUGGAGGCCGGUGCCCGUCAAACCAGAUCUGCACAUAAAGGAGGAGCCCGACGGUCCGGUCCUGAAACGCUGCCGCACGGUCAGCCCGAGUCACAUGGUCCUGCCGAACGUUAUGGAAAUGAUCGCUGCCCUGGGCCCGGCGUCCUCUCCCUACCAGAGUCUGACCGCGGGAGGCAGGAACACCCCCGACUACAACAGGCCAGGGAGCCAGGGAUUCUCCAACCAAACAGGAUUUUCAGACUUCCCCAACACUCCUGGCACCCCGACACUCGGAGAGUAUACCUCUGGACCUCCACCUCCACUCCCCUAUCAGCCUGACCAGACGCCUCAUUCUGGACGAAUCGAACACUCCCAGAGCAUCCUGCAGCAGCACGCUUCAGGUGUUCAUGGUAACCAGAGUCUCGGUGACGCCGGCAGUCCGCUGCCACAGCGCAGCACCAAUAGCCAGAACUCCCGGCUGCAGAGCGAUGGCUCCUUUGGCCUGGGAGGCCCAGGAGCACCUGGAGGAGAGGGAGCCGACCAUGCACUAGAUCUUCUUCCUGAGCUGACCAACCCGGACGAGCUGCUGUCCUAUCUGGGUCCCCCCGACCUCCCCAGCAACAGCAGUGAUGACCUGCUGUCUCUGUUUGAGAACAACUGAGGACCUUCAGAUUGUCAGGGCAGUCGCCUUCCAGUCCAGCCUCUGCUUCUCCGUUUGCUGUAGCCAGGCCCACAUCGGUUGAAGACUGCACCGUCUCUGUCGGCACCCACUACCUGUGUAUGUGUGUGCAUUAAUGCGUGAGAGUGUGUAUGGUUGUGUCUUCGUGCGUCUUUGUCAUUUUGAGGUGUCCUGCUCUUCUUUGAAAUCCAUUCAGUGAAGUGUAGAGGAAUAGGAAGGAGCACUCUCCACAUGUGAAGAAAAUGACAGUACAAACAGCAGGCGCUGACUGUGCAGACCAGCAUUUCAAACUAUAGCACAAAUCACAGGCUGAAGGAUCUGUAUUUCUAAACUAUGAUCACUGAGGUGGAGGAUAACGGGACCUGGCACAUGUUUAGUUAGCAGACACAUUAAUACAGUGGUUCCCAAACUUAGCUUAACAUACAAACUGGGAGCAGUGGAGUUCACAUUCGAGAUCUUAGGACCCUGAACUUGAACCCAGCGUGCAUAAAUUCAUUUUCAAAAACCGGUGGCUCUAAAACAGCCAGACCCGGAUCAUCGUCUAAACCAAACAUUUCUGUGCUUUAUUCACUCCGACCUGCAGCAAAUCCCCAGUUUGGGAACCACUGUGUUAAAGGAUAAGGCUUGUGAUACUCUGUGUUUUUUUGUUAUUGUCAACAAAGUGCGUGAAAAAACCAAAAUCAACAACAUGUUAGUUUCUGACUCUGUGGCUCUGAGCUCCGAGCCCGUUCACACCGUUGUUGGGGACUAUUUUUAGCAGCGGAUUAAUCCACAUUUGGUGCUGUAGUGAGUAUUUGGGGCAGGACGACUGAGUCAGAAUAAACUCCAGUGUGUGUGUUGAUGGUGAUGAAGGAACAUGUCAGCAGUUGAACAGUGUGGAUCACUGAUGUGUUUUUAAUAGUUUGUGGAAACAGUGGAGCUCUGUGGCUCAGAGGAAUCAGAUACAUCAGACUGUAAAUGCACAGUCGUUGUUGGUUUUGGUCUUUUUAUGAUAUUUGUUAUGAGACAAAUGUAGAAUAUCACCAGACUUUUCCUUUAAUACAUAAUAAUGAUGUAAGAUACGGGCAGUUUAAAGAGGUCUCAUCAUUUUUGUUUUUCUAGACCAAUAAAAAGAUCCAUGGCGACCUCGCACGGUGAAGAAGGCCAGUGGACAUUUUUAAUACCUGCAGUUCAUUGUAUCUCCAGCAUCCUUCAGCACUGUGAAAUAUACUACAGCUCCCACCUUUCCCUCUUUUGAUUUUACCCUCUUUCGGGGGUGGGGCUGGGGGGUCGUGGGUUUCAGACAUACUGUAAAUGCUGUGUGUCAUGGCAUUUUCUGCCAUUCAGAAGCUCUUUGUAUGUUUUAAAAUUGUUUGACAUGUAUAACCCAUCACGACGCGGGUUUGUGUCCUGUAUAAUCAGCUGUUUUCAUUAGAGAACGUGUGUGUAUCAAAUGAAUUGUUAAUCAUGGUAAAUUUAAUGUUAUUAGUUGAAUAAUGGAUCAUCGUUGGCACUGUAUACAUACUGUAUGUUAGAAAAUUAUAAACCAGUUGUAAAAAAAUUGGAGGUCAUACAUACAUACAUACGUGACGCAUGUAUGACAGAAAUCGGAAGGUCAGCUGAGUAACGCAGUUAAAGAAGCUGAGGUUGAAAUUAUUCUUAAUACGAAUUUUUAAAGCUGACGUUUUUUUCUACGAGAGAUUUUCCGACAGUUCCCUUUGUGGUCCAACUCCGCCUCGACACAGGCGACAACAACAAAAAAUGUUAUUUGCCAAUUUGAGCAACACAGUAAUGUUAUAUUUGGAAAUUAUGGACUAUUUAACUGCAAAUUUCUAGAAAAAAAUGUUUUCUAAUAUGUAAACUAUUCCACAUAUUUUGUAACACAUUGUAAUUGCCAUUAUUUUCUAUUUAUUUUUUAAUCAUAAUCGUCAUUGUACCUACAGUUACGUUGUCCCUUCAGAAUCAGAAUAAAAAAAUCACUUUA